GGCCCCGCCUCCCACGCUUCACGUGAUCACGCUAGAGGAGAAAACGCCUGCUCUGAGGCGUCCGUCGGAGCUGCACUUUCUUUCUGUCUGCGGUCCUUCUUUGCGUUUCUCUUGGGCCACUUCUCCCCCUGCUCAGCUCCCGACAGCCCCGACGAUGCGGCUCCGGGCUGCCCCCACCUCAGGGCGCCCCCGGCAGGGCUGCGUCCUCCCCAGCCCGGCCAUGCUGGGGCUGCGGCUGCUGCUCCUGGGCUCGUGUCUGUGCGGCUGGCUGCGGGGCUCCGAGGCGGCAGGCUCCCGGAGGCCCAAUGUGGUUCUGAUUCUCACCGACGACCAGGAUGACCUGCUUGGCGGCAUGACUCCACUCAAGAAAACCAAGGCCCUCAUUGCUGACAUGGGAAUGAGUUUCUCUAGUGCUUAUGUUCCAAGUCCCCUUUGCUGCCCCAGCAGAGCCAGCAUUCUGACAGGGAAGUACCCACACAAUCAUCAUGUUGUUAACAACACUUUGGAAGGAAACUGUAGCAGUCAGUUAUGGCAGAAGAUUCAAGAACCGUACACCUUCCCAGCCAUCCUCAGGUCCAUGUGUGGUUAUCAGACAUUUUUUGCUGGAAAGUACCUAAAUGAGUAUGGAGCCCUGGAUGCUGGAGGAGUGGAGCAUGUGCCUCCUGGAUGGAGUUAUUGGUAUGCAUUGGAGAAGAAUUCUAAGUACUACAAUUAUACUCUUUCAGUCAAUGGGAAGGCACGGAAGCAUGGUGAAAACUACAGUCUGGACUACCUGACAGAUGUGCUGGCUAAUGUCUCUUUGGAUUUCCUGGAUUACAAGUCAAACUCUGAGCCCUUCUUCAUGAUGAUUUCUACUCCAGCACCUCAUUCCCCUUGGACAGCUGCUCCUCAAUAUCAAAAGAGCUUCCAAAAUGUCAGUGCACCAAGAAACAGUAAUUUUAACAUCCAUGGGAAGAACAAGCAUUGGCUAAUUAGGCAAGCCAAGACCCCAAUGACUAAUUCUUCAAUACAGUUUUUAGAUGAAGCAUUUAGGAAAAGGUGGCAAACUCUGCUGUCAGUUGAUGACCUAGUAGAGAAAUUGGUAAGGAGGCUGGAUUUCCAUGGGGAGCUAAACGACACCUUCAUUUUUUAUACAUCAGACAAUGGCUAUCAUACAGGGCAGUUCUCCUUACCUAUCGACAAAAGACAGCUGUAUGAAUUUGAUAUCAAAGUGCCAUUACUGGUUCGAGGGCCUGGCAUCAAAGCAAAUCAGACAAAUCAGAUGCUCGUCUCCAACAUUGACUUGGGUCCCACUAUUUUGGACAUUGCGGGCUAUGACUUGAACAAAACCCAAAUGGAUGGAAGGUCCCUGUUGCCCCUGUUGAGAGGGACCAGUAAUUUGACUUGGAGAUCGGAUGUCCUGGUGGAAUAUCAAGGAGAAGGUUAUAAUGGCACCGACCCAACUUGUCCUGCUUUGGGCCCUGGAGUCAGUCAAUGUUUUCCAGACUGUGUGUGUGAAGACGCUUAUAACAACACAUACGCUUGUGUGAGGACGAUGUCAAAGGCACGGAACUUGCAGUAUUGUGAAUUUGAUGAUCAAGAGGUGUUUGUAGAGGUCUAUAAUCUGACUGCUGACCCACAUCAGAUUGACAACAUUGCUAAAAGUAUAGAUCCAGAGCUUUUAGGGAAGAUGAAUUAUCGACUAAUGAUGUUACAAUCUUGUUCUGGACCAACAUGCCGUACACCAGGAAUUUUUGAUCCAGGGUAUAGAUUUGACCCACGUCUCAUGUUCAGCAAUCAUGGUGGCAGUAUCAGGACUCGAAGGUUUUUAAAACCAUCUCUGUAGUAACUUUUCCUAACCUAUGCAGUUGGAUUCCUGCAUUUCUUCCUGGAAUGACUAUAGUAGGUCUCUCUCUCUUUCUCUCUCUCCAAAUUGUCGAGACCAUGCCUGGAAGAGCUUCUGGACUGGCUUCUCAUUUUAAAUCCUAUUUGGAAAAAACCUAAUCAGCUGACUUCCUUGUGCAAUAUGUUUUAAAACUGUGAACUCCAAUUCCCACCACAGUCAGAGGUGGCCAACCUGUGAUCCAUUUACUCAGCAUUUUGAGGUUUUUGUAUACUUUUAUGACCCAGAGUUCCUGGUGAUGACCUGAGGUUCUGUAUCUGAAUAACAACUGAAAAAAUUGGUUUACAAAUGAAUUUAGAUAAAUAUUUCAAUUUUUUUCGCCCUUGUUGGUACAAAAGUUAACCUGUACAUCCCUCUUACAGCAUUUCAGAUUUUUAGAUUUUCAUAUCAGAAAUGCCAACAAAAAUUCUAAUCACCAUAAUAUGACUUAUGAUCUGAAUAGAACAAGUGCCAUAGUCUUUCGACUAUAAGCAGUAUCACUAACUCUUAUGAGUGUGGCAGCAUCCCAGACCUCAUAGACUAGUUCUUUCCUGUCUUUUGGGGGUUUUUUGUUGGGUUUUUUUUUUUAAUGCUGGACUGAUACUUUAGACAUCCUCCAUAGGAAAAGCAGAUUAUCUUAAUUCAGCAGCAAACUUUCAUUCAAAAAAACAAAAAUUAAACAACUAAUUCCACAUAGCUGGUAUGUUAAAGGUGACCUCUCUUGAGCUGCUGGUAAGUAAAAUAAGUGCUGCUAUGUAGUUAUGAUUAACAGUCCCUGAUUUUCCCCAGAAACAUCUGUUUUCCCCAGAAAGAAAUGAGGGCUGUCUUUCCUAUGAUAUUGAGAAGUGACACAUGAUUGGGUGUUGAUGAGAGCUCUAAUUUGAGUACCUGCUUUAGGAAGCUUAGUCUUAGGUUGACAGAUUAGAGUACUAGCCUUUCCACUAAAUAUCUGUCAAGUAGUUUGGUUCUUAAGCCAGUCUUGACUUUUUGUUUGACUCCUCUGUGCCAUUUUUCAGGCAAAGCUGUUUUUCACAUCUUAUGAGAAACCAAAUGUGUUCUCAUUGCCCACCCUUCCUCUUCCUCCUCCAGUCAUUGACUGGAAAGUAUAACUAAUUCUGCCCCUUUCCUCUCCAAAAUCAUUAAAUACUUUAGAAUUGUAAGAGGCUUCUGUGGUUUAACCCUCGUUUGUAUAUUAGAGGAAGACUAAUGUUUUAGCCUGUUUCACUGUUGAGAAAAACUAACAGAUAUUUUCCCACUUUGAGGGAUCUUAACACCAUGCAGUAUUGAUAUCUAACUUAUUUACUUUUUAAAAUACAAAAGCAGUUUAUAGAAGGGCAGGCAGAGGGAAUAUGUGGUUUGUAAUGGACUGACUUGUCUCAGGCAAAAAAAAAAGAUUUUUAGCUUUAUUUAGGGUUGUAAUGAAGCUUUUAAGUGUCUUGUUUUUCACCAGUAGUCAGAUAGCAAUUCUGGGUUAGUAGCCAUAGGAUUUAUCCUUUUACAUGAUUCCUGUUUCAUGUGGUAUUCUUGAUUUAGAUAUUUAAUUCAGAUUAACCUCUGCAUGUUAUACCUGUGGAAAAACCCAUAGCAACAUGAAGAGAUGUAUAGUUAGUGUUGAGAAGCCAUUCUUAAAAUUGAAAUGGCAUAAGACAAACCACGAUGUCUAGUAUGGGAGUUGACUUUUUUUCUUCUUUAUGUUGUUUGAUUCUUUAUGAGGGUGAAACAAUAUGUAAGCAAACUGAAUCUCAUCUAACAUAGUAUACUUACUGAUAAAAAUAAAUACUACCAUUUUUCCUGAGUAAAGAGAAAUGUAUUUUCCCAUUUAGUCAUUGAGAAAAUCCCCUUACUCAAGUUCCCACACAAAAUCACGCAAAACAUUAAAAAUAGAAUAAAGCCAACUGCUUAGGGUGUUACUGCCGCAUUCCCUCUAAAUGCUUGGUUGGAGGAAGCUCAGUGGCUUUUUUGUCUUUCUUUUCCAUCUCCCAAGUCUUGUUAAUUGGUUUUCCAUCCUUUGUAAAAACUGUGCAAAGGAACCAUUAUUUUGUUGUUUUGGGUUGGGUGUUCUGUGGGUGGUUUUUGUUUUGUUUUUGUUUUUGGUAGUAUUGACAAUUCUAAAACCUGGUGCCAUCUCCAGGGAAAAAAUAGACUUGAUCUCUCACAGGUGGUUAUUAAUUUCCACCAUGUUGUGUCUGGAGUCUUUGUGCUACUUUUUCUUAAGAUGACUAUGUGCUGUCUGCACCUUUUAUUACACGAGAGCCAUGUAACUGUUAAGAUGGAUAGAGGCCUUGCCUUAUGAACCUUCCUUUAGGAAGCUCUUUCACCUUCAAAUCAUCUGUCAGAUUCAAACACUUAAUAAGUUCACUUAAGACAAUGAAACAGCAGAUUUUGAAAUAGUGAGAGAAUCUCGGCAGUGUGUGUUACCUAGCACAUGAAAAACAAAUUUAACUUCUUUCAAUGGUACGUUAUAACUUGUCACAUUUUAGGGUUGGGACCUUUGGGGGUGGGAGGGGAGGCAUCCCAGAUGUACAUCAGGAGAAAACUAAGGCUUUAACACCACUUUACCAGAAUUUACACUGGAAGGCUGUCUCAGUUAACCAAACAACCAAAGCAGAUGUUCAUUUUUUGUACUUUGGUUAUAAAACUACUGAGGUGCAGCCAUGUUAUUUGAAUUUUUGUCUUGUUAACAUACCCCUGCUUCGUUGUAUCAUUUCAUAUGGUUUAGAAAGUGCCCUUCCAAGGACCCUGUUCACUGCUGCACUUUUCAAUGAAUUAAACUGUGUCUAAUGGAAAAUGU